CCGUAAAUUAUUUGAUUUUUUGAAAAAUAAAAAAUAAAAUAUCCUUCAUCUACAACAUAUCUUCCAAAAAAAAGAAAUACACGUGGCAGUGGACCCCAUCGAAAGCUAAAAGGAGGAAUAAUCACACGUGUAAUCUCUUCUCUCAGCUAAAAAUCGUAUAAAUGUAACGGCUAUAUUACUUCCCGCGCGACCUGUCUAACUAUAAAUUUCACGGACUGUACACUUCUCCAUUCCACUGUACAAUCCAUCAAUAAUCCUCCUCCAUCUCCUUUAUGUCAGAUUACCAUAUUACCCCGCAUCCAUGACCAAGAUCGACGCCCUCCGUCGUUACCUCCUCCCUUGCUUCUGUCCCGCCGCCGCCGCAACCACCGUCGCCCACACCACCCACACCACCAAGAAACGCUUAAGCACCUCGCUUCGCGACGACUUACCGGAGAACGACAAUUCCCAGUCCCCAAACGACGACGAUCAAGAUUCUCGAUCUCCAUCCCCUGCCGCGGCAGCGACGGCGGCGCAGCCUCGUCCCUCGAAAUCGAUGGUGAUCGGAACGAUCUUCGGCCACCGCAGAGGCCACGUCUGGUUCUGCAUCCAACACGAUCGUCUCUCCUUCAAACCCUUCCUACUCCUCGAGUUCCCCAUCCUGACUCACCAACUCGUCAACGAGAUGCGAUUCGGACUCGUUCGGAUCGCUCUCGAGGGCGACCGAUCGGAUCUCGGUCAUUGCCCGCUUCGGUCGGUACCCGUCUGGACCAUGUACUGCAACGGCCGGAAGCUCGGUUUCGCGGCGCGGCGGAAGGCGAGUGAUAGGGUUCGGUUGAUGCUGAAGACGAUGCAAUCGACGACGGUCGGAGCCGGAGUGAUGCCGUCCGGGUUUGGGUCGUCGGACUCGGAGGAGAUAAUGUACAUGAGGGCUAAUUACGAGCACGUAGUGGGGAAUGCUGACUCGGAGUCGUUUCACCUGAUCAACCCGGACGAGUGCCCGGGUCAAGAACUCAGUGUGUUCUUGCUCCGAUCCACUAAUGGAGUUUCUCAUUGAGUAGUGGUAGGGGUAUUUUCGGUAAAGUAUUAGGAAUAUUCUUACGUGUUAUAUCUAUGUGUGAGUCUUUACUUGAGGCUUCAGGCGAUGAAAACUAGGCGCUUUUUUUUUUAAGAAAAAAAAUCAGAAAUUAGAAAUUAUUUUAUUUUUUAAAAUUUU